AUGUCUCGCAACAAGUCUGACCUCUGCGAUCGACACACACAGUUCACAAACGACGUCGAGUGCGUCCGGCGCGAAGCUCAGCGCCUCAAGAAGCAGGGCGUGCACGUCAUCAUAGCGCUGGGCCACUCGGGCCUGGAGUACGACAAGCGCAUCGCGUUCGAAGUGCCCCUCGUCGACAUUGUGGUGGGCGGGAGCUCGCACUACUUCAUGUUCAGCGGAAGCCCGCUCGUCAGCCCACCCGAGCCGGUCUACGGGCCGUACCCUGUCGUCAUACAGAGACCCGACGGCACGCAGGCAGUAGUGGUAACUGCCUUCUGGUUCGGCAAAUACGUGGGACAACUCGAGGUGCACUUCGACCUGAAUGGGAAUAUCCUUGGCUACGAGGGAUUUCCCGUGCUCAUGGACUCCUCCAUUGAUGUCGAGGCAGACAACCGGGUCUACUUGUCGAAGCUGGCUGACAGCAUCGCCACCGCGCGCGAGAAGUCCGACACGGACCGGAACCAGCCGAUCGGUUCGACCAAGGUGCUCCUGGAGGGCAGCCGCCAGAGGUGCCGCCUCGAGGAGUGCUCCAUGGGGAACCUGCUGACGGACGCGCUUUUCAACUGGUACGCGGGCCUCCUGUCGGAAGACGACAACCUCUGGGGGCCGGUCAACGGCGCCAUACUGCCCGGCAGGGACAUCUACGCGUCCAUCGACGAGCGCCUCACGCGCGGUCGCAUCUUACUGCAACACGUCAUCGAAGUGCUGGCGUUCAACGACGACGUAAACCACGCUUUCGUUAUCACUAUGCCUGGACGAAUCCUGCAGGAACUUUUAGAAGGCUCCAUGAAAGAGUACGACGUCACGAAGAGAGCACCUGUCACAGAUUUUCUUCAGGUCUCGGGCAUUCGAGUGGAGUACAACGUCAGGCGCCGGCCUAACUACCGCGUCACCAAACUUCAUACAAUCUGCACUGAUUGCCGCGUGCCGACGUACGUCGCCGUAGAGCCGAACAAGACUUACCGCUACGUGGUGCCGCAGACCAUGUUCAACGGCAGCGAGGCGGCUCUCUUCGAGAAGCUGCCAAAGGCAAACAUCCUCAACACAGGUGUGACGGUCUUGGAGCUUGUUCGCCUGUACAUCAACCGGUCAUCGCCCAUCAGGACCAAGAUCGAAGGUCGCAUCACCAUCACGAGCGGUUCGGGACUACGGAGACCUGCCGCACCUCUUCCCGCGUUCCUAGCGGUGUUCCUGCUCCGCCGGCAAGCGUCUGGUUGUGGCGCGCGCUCAUAA